UUUUUUCCAAUUGCUUAAAGUAAAAUGCAAGCUGACGUUUCCUUUAGAGUUGCGUUCUAAGGAUAGAUGUGUCGUAGGAUGGAGUAGGAGAGUUUACAAACACUUGAACUGGAAUAUUUCAAGCCCUUUCAUUUAUAGACAUAACAUUGUUUUGAUUUGUAUUGUUGGCAAUUUAUUUUCCUAUAUGUAAAAAGAAUAUAUUCACUGACUAACUCUGAUCCCAUCUAUAUUUAAAUGCUGUCCCCAGGUUACAGCCAUGGUUUCGCCUACGUGGAAUUUUCACACUUGGAAGAGGCCGUCAGAUGCAUGGAAGCCAAUCAGAAAAACCUUACAAUCUGCGGAAAGCGUGUGUCGAUGAGAUACUCUGACCCUCCUGUGGAAUGGACCUGCAAAUAUUGCGAGAAGAUCAAUGGACCUAACAGAGAGAGAUGUACAAACUGUGACACCAAAAAAAGUGAGGCGCUUGCUGGGCACUCAUCAGCAGAAUCUUCAAGGCAUUCAAAAGGACAUGACCGUCGCCAAGAAUCAGAACGAGAAACAGCAAAGAAACCGUCGAAGCAGUCAGAAUCCCAGCAAGAAUCAAAAUCUUCAUCAAAGUCAGAGAAGGAGUCUUGGCACAGAACAUCUACUCCACCUCGGCACUCACCAGUGCGGGAAACUCAGUCACCCACAAGUACCAGAGCCACAUCUCAACAUACCAGUGAAACUGCAGAAGAUCCUAGCAAAAGUAUUAUUAUAAAGAACAUAAGCCAGAGUACUACUGUGAACACUAUCCUAAAAGCUUUGGAUCCAUAUGCCUAUCUUGUGAAGGAGAACAUUCGAAUCAUAACAAGCAAACGAUCUGGUGGCAACAGGGGAUAUGCCUUUGUUGAGAUGGACUCGCCAAAAGAGGCUGAACAUUUAGUGUCUAUCCUGCAGAAGAUGAAUUCAGCGUUCACCAUUGCUGGGAGAGUUGUGUCGGUAGAAGUGGCGAAAAGCUCACGAAGGGCUCCAAGCAGUACUGUGCCUGAUGAGACGUAUGCUGAUGAGGCUGCUUCAACCAGUCAGACUAGGAAAGACAAGCAAGGUUCACCACAGCAUACCAGCAACAAGGCAGCUACACGGAAAAGCUCUCCAGAGGUUGAUCGCAGCAGUUCUCCAAUUGGUCCUGAAGAUGCCACUUACCUGUAUGAUGCGACUUCUGGGUUUUAUUAUGACCCGAGAACUGGUUUAUACUUCGAUCCCAAAUCUGAAUAUCACUAUGAUGCUGAAAAAAAGCAGUAUCUGACGUGGGAUGCUGAAGAAAAGAAAUAUAUUCCUGUCCCUAAUGAAUCUGAGGAAGAGCCAAAGGCCAAGAAAUCUUCCCCAUCCAGAACAAGACGACGCUCUUCUUCUCCUCGAUCCGGAAAACGCUCAUCUUCCCCACGAGGCAGGAGGCGUUCAAGUUCUCCACGAGGCAGGAGACGCUCAGCUUCACCCAGAGCUGGAAGAUCUACCUCUCCCAGAACCAGUGAUACAGCAUCCCCCAGGACCAGAGACACUACCUCCCCAAGAGGCAAGCGGGAGAAGAAAAACAGCAGUCAAGAUAAGAGGGCAUCUACAAGGCCUGAGCGCACUAAAAGUGCUGAGAGAGAAAGGAGGGAGAACAGAGAACGAAAGGAUUUGAAAACUCUUCAGGAACAACAGGUUGCCAGAGACUUGGAACGUUGGGCAAGUGCCCUGGAGAAGCAGAAGCCAGCUACUAGAACUAGCCCUCGGGCAAGCAGAUUGGAAGCAGAUGACACGAAGGAACUGAAAGACUUUGAUGAUGUAUUUGUAAAACCAGAGAGACCGAUUUCAGUUCCACCAUCAGCUAACAAACGUGACGACCUCUUCAAGAAACCACCAACUCCUCCCCCUCCUCCCCCUCCCCCUACACCUGUCACUAUACUUGUGAAGAAAAAGAAGAAAAACCAAGCAGAGUUAAAGCAAAAGACCUCCUCAUUCAUCAAUCUUCUGGCAGAGUAUGGCAGUGGCAGUGAAGAAGAGGAGGAGGAAGAAGAGGAAGAAGUAGAGGUGGUUGUGGAAGAAGUGACCCCCCCAGUAGUACCACAGCCUGUGACACAACAGAAGCAGCAGAACCUUCCAGAGCAACAAACAGUGCCAAAACAACAGCCGCAACCACAGAAACACGGUGAUGAUGAGAAGCUGACAGAUUGGGAGAAACUGGCUUGCCUUCUCUGUAGGAGACAGUUCCCAACGAAAGAGGGUCUAAUUAGGCACCAACAACUGUCAGAUCUACAUAAACAAAACUUGGCAAUACAUUGUCAAAUAAAGAUGUCUCAGCAGGAACUGGAAUAUCUGGAACAAAAGGAGCGAGAGGUAAAAGGCAAAAAGCGCCCAGCGCUGAAGAAGGAGCGAGCACUUGAAACAGCCUCAUUAGCACCAACAGAGAAAAAAAGAGUGAAGUAUGCCUCCGAUAUGGAAGAGGAAAUUUGGCCAUCUGAUGUAGGAAGAAGUGGUGAAGGCAAGCAGUUUGGUACCGGCAGUACGAGUGAGGGCAAGGCUGGAGGUGCAAAAGGGCGUUCUGGUACUGCCAGCUCAUAUCGUGAUGCCGUUAGGAAGGCCAUGUUUGCUCGUUUUAAGGAACUGGAUUGAUUUUUUUAAGCUCUUGAAUAUCUGUAAAUAACUUUCAGAACAUGGAUUUAACUCUCUUUUCAUGAACUUGAAUGCACUGACAUUCGGAAAUGAGUAAAGGCCGUAUGAUGUAGAGUAAAACUGAAACAGUGCUGUAGUCUCUUCCCCACUGUGUCACUUGCGCUGCUUCGUCUGCCAUUGUCAGCGACAGGAAAUGCGAACAGGACGCAUCCACAAAGCAGCUCUGUUUAACAGAAGCCAUAAAGACUGGACUGACACUGUCCAUUAACAUUUGAGUUUUGAGAUGAGACUUUUCAUAAAGAAAUCACAGAAGUAUGUCAGAAAAAUGCAUAUAGAUGUGUUCGAGCAUCUCUGGAUUUUACCUCUGAAGGAGAUAUCAGCAGUGAGGCAGAGUGUUAAAACAGAAGUAUUUCUGAGUUUAGACUGUGGCAUGCAGAUACUUGGUAGUAACUGGAGCAGACAGAAUGGACUUAUCCCUAGUGGCCAGUACUGUAGAUGGUCUUUUCAAACAGGAUUGUUUUAGAGUGCUAAGAAAAGUGCCAGAGUAGCAUUUCCGUUCUCCAGCACAUACUGCAACUGUAACUUAAUGCAUCAGCUGCUGAAGACGCCAGGAAACAAGAUGCAAUGCUGAAAGUUGUAAAUUAAUAAUUUCUCCCAUUUUUUUUGAUAAUCUGAUAUAAGAAGGGGGUUACAGAGUGGCCUGUUUUUGUUACAAGUUCAGAAGCUCACAUAUAAAUCUGGUAUUUAGGCCACAUGCAGAGGUAUGUCCUGAGGUUAUCCUUUUGUGUUCUUAAUCCAUUUCUCUAUGCAGAUUUUUCCUUUGUUUGGACUUCUAAUUUAUGAAUCCAUUCUUGGCAUCUAAAGUAAAAAAAAAAAAAAAGUUUAGUAAAAUAUCCUGUUCAUUUGAGCAUGAUGAAAUGUGAUUUCAUUUGUGUUACUGUAGCUAUGUGUAUCCUGUAGUCUUGACUUUUCUCCCUGUAUGGGACAGCUGUUUAAAAUAAAUGUACAGUGUACUUUUGAAUUGCCAGCUGCUGCAAUGUGAUGCUUACAUUUUACUGUGGCAAAAUACAUUUUUUUACCUUCA